AUGACCAGCAUAACCCGCUCUUUCCGCCUCUUCCCCUCCCAGCAUGCCCGUCUACGCCCAUCAGUGUCUCCCCUCAUCCCAAAACGGUUCCUAGGAAUCCCCCCCGCCUUUCUACUAGACGACUACAUCCCUCGAUACCAGCUUCUUUCCUCAGUAGACGCAGCCAAGAAGCGCUCUCAUGCGUAUGCGCACCUUCGGGAAUGCAACCUCUGUCCACGACGCUGCGGUGUGAACCGAUACGAAGAGACGGGCGUCUGUUUGAUCGGCGCUGAAACGGCCAAGGUUAAUGUGAUCGCACCGCAUCGCGGCGAGGAGCCCUGCAUUCAGGGGUUUCACGGCAGCGGGUCGGUGUUCUUCUCUGGGUGUAAUUUGCGUUGCGUCUUUUGUCAGAAUCAUGAUAUUGCUCAUCAACGAAAAGGAUUCGACCUGACCCCGGAAGAACUCGCAGAUUGGUACAUGAAGCUUCAGAUGGUGGGCAACGUGCAUAACAUCAACCUAGUCACGCCGGAACAUGUAGUCCCGCAGGUGGUGCUCUCGAUCCUGGCUGCGCGCGACAUGGGCCUCAAGGUCCCCAUCGUCUACAACACGUCAUCGUUUGACUCGCUCGAGUCGCUGGAACUCCUCGAUGGUUUGGUCGAUAUCUACCUUCCGGAUUUCAAAGUGUGGAAGAGCAGCACGUCGAAGCGGCUGCUGAAAGCGGACGACUACACCGAGACCGCAAUGGAGAGCAUCCGGGCGAUGUAUAAGCAGGUCGGCGACCUCUGUUUUACGUCAGAUGGGAUUGCCAAGAAGGGGGUCUUGCUGCGGCAUCUGGUCAUGCCGGGCAAAGAGGAUGAGGGCCGAGAGAUCAUGCGUUGGUUGGCGGGGAAUGUCUCCAAGGAUACCUAUGUGCAUAUCAUGGAGCAGUACCACCCCGACGCGCAUGUCGGUAAGAAGAAGAGACGGACAGGGGGUUCUGGCGUAGAGGAGGUGCGGUAUGCGGAAAUCAAUCGUGCCGUGCGCGAUGACGAGCUUGGUUCAGUUCGAGACGCAGCCGUGGCUUCGGGGUUGUGGAGGUUCUGUGAAGCGAAUGAGGAACAGAGUAUGUUCCAUCUAUGA